AUGAAGAACGAUCGCCGCGAUAAUGAAUCUGGUGGCCACGACAAUUUUGAAUUAGCUCCCAAUUCGUCAGAAGUUUGCACUGAUCGCCACAACGAGGAAAAUGGUAGUCGUGGCGAGUGUGAAUCUGAGCAGAAAGCUCCUUCAAAUCAUGCAAUCGUUCCGUACCCACACCGUUUGAAGAAUCAGAAGCUUGACAAGCAAUUCGAUUAUGUUUCAAAGUGGGUGGAAGCUGCAGCACUGCCAACAAAUGAUGCUCGCGUGGUUAUGAAGUUCGUAAAGAAGAAUAUAUUCUCAGGGUUUGGCACACCAAAGGCCAUUAUCAGUGAUAGCGAUUCUUACUUUUGCAAUCGCCAAUUUGCAACAUUGUUAAGCAAGUAUGGGGUUACACAUCGCAUUGCUACUCCUUGUCACCCUCAAACUAGUGGCCAAGAUAGGGAGCUAAAAUGGAUCUUGUAA